ACUGAAAAAAAAAAAAACGAACUGAACUCUAUAAAACUGAGGAAAUUGGUCACAUAGCUUUAGUUGCAGCCAUGGCCAGCCAUGCAGCUCUAGCUUCUUCAAGAAUUCCAACCAACACAAGGCUUCCCUCCAAGAAUUUCCACUCUUUCCCAACCCAAUGCUCCUCUAAGAGGCUGGAAGUAGCUGAGUUCUCUGGGCUAAGAUCCAGUACAUGUUUGACCUACUCCAAGAAUGCUAGAGGCGCAUCCUUCUUUGAUGUUGUGGCUGCCCAACUUACUCCCAAGACAACAGGAUCAGCUCCAGUUAGGGGAGAAACAGUGGCCAAACUGAAGGUAGCAAUCAACGGAUUUGGACGUAUUGGCAGGAACUUCCUCCGAUGCUGGCAUGGGCGCAAAAACUCACCCCUUGAUGUUAUCGUUGUCAAUGACAGUGGUGGUGUCAAGAAUGCUUCACAUCUGCUAAAGUAUGACUCUAUGCUGGGGACAUUCAAAGCAGAUGUGAAAAUACUAGAUGACACCACCAUAACCGUUGAUGGUAAGCCCGUCAAGGUUGUCUCCAACAGGGACCCUCUCAAGCUCCCUUGGGCUGAACUUGGCAUUGACAUUGUUAUUGAGGGAACAGGAGUGUUUGUGGAUGGUCCCGGUGCUGGGAAACACAUCCAAGCUGGUGCCAAGAAAGUUAUCAUCACUGCUCCAGCAAAAGGUGCUGACAUUCCAACCUAUGUUCUUGGGGUAAAUGAAAAGGAUUACUCGCACGAGGUUGCUAAUAUUGUUAGCAAUGCUUCGUGUACCACUAACUGCCUGGCUCCUUUUGUGAAAGUCUUGGAUGAAGAAUUCAGCAUUGUCAAGGGAACCAUGACAACCACUCAUUCCUACACUGGAGACCAGAGGCUCUUGGAUGCUUCACACAGAGACUUGAGGCGAGCCAGGGCUGCAGCAUUGAACAUAGUCCCAACAAGCACUGGUGCAGCCAAGGCCGUGUCUCUAGUGCUACCCCAGCUCAAGGGCAAGCUCAAUGGCAUUGCACUCCGUGUGCCUACUCCUAAUGUGUCCGUUGUUGACCUUGUUAUAAACGUUGCGAAGAAGGGCAUUUCAGCAGAAGAUGUCAAUGGAGCCUUUAGAAAAGCAGCUGAGGGGCCACUGAAGGGCAUAUUGGAUGUGUGUGAUGUCCCUCUUGUUUCAGUAGACUUCCGGUGCACAGAUGUUUCUUCUACCAUUGACUCUUCAUUGACAAUGGUCAUGGGUGAUGAUAUGGUCAAGGUGGUUGCUUGGUACGACAAUGAAUGGGGAUACAGCCAAAGGGUCGUUGAUCUGGCUCAUUUGGUAGCAUUAAGGUGGCCAGGUUCAGCUUUUGCAGGUAGCGGAGACCCAUUAGAGGACUUCUGCAAGGCAAACCCAGCUGAUGAGGAGUGCAGAGUCUAUGAAGCUUAGAUUGCUGCAUCUUUUUGGCUAAUUGUAUAGGAUCAAGGCUUUCAAUGCUCAUUAUCUUCAUAUGUUUAUUUUGUAAUGACAUUUGAGGAGAGGAACAAAAUUAUCAAAGAAUAACAUUUCAAGCAAUUUCUCUAAA